AUGGAAGUUCCCUACGACGUGGGUAGAUUGCCGUUACACAUGACGGAGAAAAAAACACUAUCUGGACUCACAGCACAACAAUUAAAAAACUACGCUCUUAUUUACGGAAAGUGUUGCCUUUUUAAGCUCAUACCGACAAAGGCAUAUGACUGUUUUGUUCUACUUUCAGAAGCCGUAAAAAUAAUUACGCUUCCCUGUAUUACGUCACAAGAAAUCGCUGAAUUGGAGGACAUUCUCGAAGAGCACCACGAGAAAUACACAGCCUUAUAUGGCAAAUGGUCUGUAUCAAUCAAUUAUCACAUGGUUCUACAUGCACCUCAGAUGUUGCGAGAUUUAGGGCCAGCCUCGGGUUACUGYUGCUUUCCCUUCGAACGUUAUAACGGUGUGUUGGAAAGAAUGCCAAAUAGUGGCAGAACCGUCGAGCAACAGUUUCUUCACUCAUUCCAAAAUGAUUGCAAUGACAAUGAAUGCAAUUACACUUUACCAAGCGGCCUGCGUGAACAAGAUGUCCCUCCAUUAUUGGCAAAUUUAUUUGAAGAGAAAAGGUCAGACGAAAAUGCGUUAACGAAUCAUCUAUAUAAUGAGUCUGCUAAUUCUUUCUAUUCUUCUUCGGAUAACCUUCAACAAGCUAUCGAGCAAGUUGAAUUAGAAGAUGUAGUUAACAACUGGCCUGUUUCCAUGCAUUCGCCACAGAAAAGGAAUGUUCAAGUUACAUUGACAUUUCGCAAUCUUCUAAUUGCGUAUUUUCGAAAGAUCUACGAAAACAUGGAUAUCGUUCAUGCGAGAAUCCACAAAUAUGGACGAUGUAAAGUAAAUGGCAUAAUGUUCACCUCUUCCUUCAAUUCGACAGAAAAAGGCAACGUUGUGAAGGCAUACUUUCCCGUUUCAGAUUCUGACGGAGACGUGUCUCAAUUAUAUGGCAAAGUUCUUUUCUUUUUUAUUUCAAAAGUGUAUUUUAAAGAUAACGAGGGAAAAAGUCAGAGCAAGAUGCACAACCUUGCAUACGUCAACUGGUUUGAGUACAGUUCGUUGGAUCUUACCAGUGACGAGAAGAAGACAGGCAUGCUCCAAGUCUCUUCCGCAUUUUUAGAUAACUUCGAGACAAUUGUCAAUGUGCGACGUUUAGUUUCAAGGUGUGUUCUGUCGUCCUGUAAACCAAAGGCUACAUCACGUUUUGUAAUCGAACUUCCUUUCUCUACUUCGCAAGCAUGUUAAGGCUUAAUAAUAAGUCAUACAAAUAUUUGAAAUUUUGUUUUUCCUUAA